AAUUUUUACUUUUUUUUACUAUUGUUUAUUAAAAACAAUCGAAUAGAUAUUUUUAACUAUCGAAAAAUUCGAUAGUUUUCACUAUAGUGCCCAUCACUUGUCAAUACGUACGUAGUUGAAAGUGAAGUGUUGCCGUUUGUGUGUAUUGAAUUUUCAUUUGUUUUUUUGCACAAAGUUGUCUGAAAAUGGCCGUUGCUGGAGAAUCAUUGAAUUUGGCAAAAGAUGUCAAACGAGCAAUCGAACUGUUGGAAAAACUCCAAAAAACUGGAGAAGUACCGGUGACCAAAUUAGCUGCUCUGCAAAAAGUAUUGCAGAGUGACUUUUUGUCAUCAGUUCGGGAAGUUUAUGAACAUGUAUAUGAAACUGUUGACAUACAAGGAUCUCAAGAUGUCCGGGCAUCAGCAACAGCUAAAGCUACGGUUGCUGCAUUUGCUGCUAGUGAAGGCCAUGCCCAUCCAAGAGUGGUUGAAUUACCCAAAACAGAAGAAGGACUUGGAUUUAAUGUCAUGGGAGGACGAGAACAGAAUUCUCCUAUCUAUAUAUCUCGUAUAAUACCUAGUGGUGUAGCUGAUAGACAUGGUGGUCUAAAGCGAGGCGAUCAGCUUCUAUCAGUAAACGGAGUGUGUGUAGAAGGUGAAAAUCAUGAAAAAGCUGUAGAGUUGCUUAAACAAGCUCAAGGAUCUGUAAAGCUAGUUGUUAGAUAUACACCAAAAGUUUUGGAAGAAAUGGAAAUGCGAUUUGAUAAACAACGUGCUGCUCGAAGAAAGCAACAAAAUUAAUAAUAGAUUGUCGUUGGUAUGAACUGUAGUCAAUAUAACCAUAUAUAGUAUUAAAUCAACUUAAGCACAGUAUCUACUUAGUUUAAGAGUGAUU